CAGAGGGACGUUGUUAUACGCAGAUCCGUUGGGGCAUUUACAGUCUUUCUAUCGAGCAAGUUCUCUCGCACUUUUUUCUCUUGUAAACUUGCUGAGAAAAUGGUAUCCUCACAUCGAGCACAGCACUCUCAUGAAACUGGUUUAUUUUUUGUUUUGUUUUUCAAUUCCCACCCACUUGUGCUGCGGGAUUGUGACAUCAAACGAACCCUCCUCUGCACACACAGAGCACGUAGACUGAAGUCAUACUGAGCAGAGCUUCCAAGGAGCAAAUAGACGAGACAGAUAGCUUCAUCUGAUUAGCAUGGAUGUCUCAGAGGAAGACGAGUACUAUUACCAUGAAAACAUCAGCUUCAACUUCAGCUAUGACGACUACCCCGCCCUCUGUGAGAAGGGUGACGUCCGUUCUUUCGCAGCCCUCUUCCUCCCCAUCAUGUAUACCGUGUGUCUGGUGGUGGGGCUGGCAGGAAACGCCUUAGUCGUGUUUGUCUACGCCUACCACAAACGCCUCAAGACCAUGACGGACACCUUCCUGACCCACCUGGCUGUGGCCGACCUGCUCCUGCUCUUCACGCUACCUUUUUGGGCUGCUGAUGCGGCGAGGGGCUGGGAGCUGGGUGAGGUCGUCUGUAAGAUCGUGUCGGCCUGCUACACGGUCAACUUCACCUGCUGCAUGCUUCUGCUGGCCUGCAUCAGCCUGGAUCGCUACUUAGCAUUAGCCAGGGCGCAAGGUAAAGACCAAAGAGGUAGGCUGCAGAGGAUAUUAACCAGGAGACACUGUUGGAAGAUGUGUUUAGUUGUUUGGGCGACAGCUUUCAUGCUUGGUCUUCCUGAUUUAAUACUCUCAGAAGUGAGAUGGGCGUCUAACAGGAGCGUCUGUCUGGCUGUCUACCCUCCAUCAAUGGCUGGAGGGGGGAAAGCUGCCCUGGAGAUGGCAGAGGUGCUGCUGGGAUUCCUGCUUCCACUCCUGGUUAUGGUGAUCUGCUACUGGAGCAUGGGCCGGUCACUAAAGGGCCUCCCUGUCGAGAGCAGAGGCAAGAGGUGGAAAGCUAUACGUGUUCUCCUAAUAGUAGUGGGGGUGUUUGUGGUUACUCAGCUGCCUUAUAACGUGCUGAAGGUCUAUCGAACGAUGGACUCAGUCUACGCCUUAGUGACCCACUGUGGGACAAGUAAAGUGUUGGAUCAGGCGGCUCAGGUGACUGAGAGCUUGGCCCUCACUCACUGCUGCCUCAACCCGAUCCUCUACGCCUUCGUGGGGUCCUCCUUCAGGCAGCGCAUGAUGAAAGUGGCCAAGAAGCUUGGUGAGAAGAGGAGAAAGAGGAGGAAGAGGAGGGAAAAUCCUGCAGAAGAGGAAGGGAUGGACAUGUCAUUUAACUCCCACAGUGCAUCCCAAGAGACAAACACAUUCUCAAUAUGAGUUACCACUAGUGUGUCAUGGUGAAAGACGUCUAUGUGAAUCCAAAUCACUUAUUAAGUAUAGUAGAAGAGCAGAUACAAGUACUAUGUGAUGUCUGUUUUUGAGAAAACAACAGCAGAGGUACCAUGUGUGGAAGUCAUUAAGUUGUACAAAUUUUCCACUGACAUUUUAACACUCAAUUCCCUCCACGUCAAAAACAGGAGGUUGUUAUUGUUGUCUUUUCCUCCUUCAGUUUAUUAAAAAUGGGUUUAAGCAAAAUAUACUCAUUUAUAGGUCUAUGCUUUCAAGCAACAAAGAAAAUUAUGUUUUUUUUCUGUCAAAUGAGUGAUGAAUGAAAAAAUGAAGAUGUUUGUUUUGUUUGAUGUUUUUAUACCCUGUACCAGAAGAAGCAAUAUUUCAUUUUAACUGUACUUCUAAUAGUUGGCAUAACAAUAAACUCUUUGAACUUUGA